UUCCGGGUCACUGUGACCUUUCUACGGCUCGUCUCCGUGUCCGCCAUCCUUCUCUCUCCGCUCCGGAGCAGGACAGAUUGAGCAGGACAUCAACAUGCUGUCUGUACGCGUCGCAGCGGCCCUCGCCCGGGCACUACCUCGCCGGGCUGGAUUUGUAUCAAAGAACGUUGCUGCAGCAUGUGUAGGAGCCAAGAAUCUACACACCGCUCGUCCAUGGCUGCAGAAAACAGGCACAGCCGAGGUGUCGUCCAUCCUGGAGGAGAAGAUCCUGGGAGCUGACACCAGUGCCGACCUGGAGGAGACCGGUCGUGUGCUGUCCAUCGGUGAUGGUAUCGCCAGAGUGUACGGUCUGAGGAACGUGCAGGCUGAGGAGAUGGUGGAGUUCUCCUCUGGGCUGAAGGGCAUGUCUCUGAACUUGGAGCCCGACAAUGUUGGUGUUGUGGUGUUCGGUAACGACAAGCUCAUCAAGGAGGGAGACAUUGUCAAGAGAACAGGCGCUAUUGUAGAUGUCCCUGUCGGUGAAGAGCUUCUGGGCCGCGUCGUUGAUGCUUUGGGAAAUGCUAUUGAUGGAAAGGGCCCCCUUGGUGCUAGCACCCGCAGGCGCGUGGGUCUGAAGGCCCCAGGCAUCAUCCCCCGUAUCUCUGUGAGGGAGCCAAUGCAGACUGGCAUCAAAGCCGUGGACAGUUUGGUCCCCAUCGGCCGUGGACAGCGUGAGCUCAUCAUUGGCGACAGGCAGACAGGCAAAACUGCCAUUGCCAUCGACACAAUCAUCAACCAGAAACGCUUCAACGAGGGAACUGAUGAGAAGAAGAAGCUGUACUGCAUCUACGUCGCCAUUGGCCAGAAGAGAUCCACAGUGGCUCAGCUGGUGAAGAGGCUGACUGAUGCGGAUGCCAUGAAGUACACCAUCGUGGUGUCUGCUACUGCCUCUGAUGCUGCUCCCCUGCAGUACCUGGCUCCCUACUCCGGCUGCUCCAUGGGCGAGUACUUCAGAGACAACGGAAAGCACGCCCUGAUCAUCUACGACGAUCUGUCCAAGCAGGCCGUUGCCUACCGUCAGAUGUCCCUGCUGCUCCGUCGUCCCCCCGGCCGUGAGGCUUACCCCGGAGACGUCUUCUACUUGCAUUCCCGUCUGCUGGAGAGAGCUGCUAAGAUGAACGACAACUUCGGCGGCGGCUCCCUCACGGCCCUUCCCGUUAUCGAGACGCAGGCUGGUGAUGUGUCGGCCUACAUUCCAACCAACGUCAUCUCCAUCACAGACGGACAGAUCUUCUUGGAGACUGAGCUGUUCUACAAGGGUAUUCGUCCAGCCAUCAACGUCGGUCUGUCUGUGUCCCGUGUCGGAUCUGCUGCCCAGACCAGGGCCAUGAAGCAGGUGGCUGGUACCAUGAAACUGGAGCUGGCCCAGUACCGUGAGGUGGCUGCCUUCGCUCAGUUCGGUUCUGAUCUGGAUGCCGCCACUCAGCAGCUGCUGAACCGUGGUGUUCGUCUGACUGAGCUCCUUAAACAGGGGCAAUACUCUCCAAUGGCCAUUGAAGAACAGGUAACAGUCAUUUACGCUGGUGUGAGGGGACACCUGGACAAAAUGGAGCCUAGCAAGAUCACCAAGUUCGAGAAGGCCUUCCUGCAGCACAUCCUGAGCCAGCACCAAGACCUGCUGUCAGCCAUUAAGGCCGACGGCAAAAUCUCUGAGGCAUCCGAUGCUAAACUCAAGCAAAUAGUGUUGACUUUCCUCUCCAGCUUUGAGUAAAGUGAUACUUUUUGAUCUGGUUGUUUUCAUGUCUUCAUAGUGCAUCGUCAGUUAUACUUUCUAUGAACAAUUCAAGUGGCACUUGAUCUUUCAUGUACAGAUAUCUCAGAACAGAGAAUAAAAUAUUCCAACUAGUUGACAA